AUGAAAGGACGAGAAGUCCACGACGGGCCUUCUUCCCAGCCCAGAAAAGAUGCCAGUGGCAGCGAUGACGAGAAAUGCCGGAUAUCACCAUUACCUGCGGUGCUGGAGAAGCAAACAAGGACGGAUGUGCAGGAUACACCUUCCACCAUACCGCCCCAGGCCACGAACAUUCCUCAUAUCGACGUGGAGUCUGGCUCAGAGACAGACGCGCAGUCCCUCAUAGUUCCUCGGGGGUCCAGAAGAGGUCUCUUCGCCACUGUAACGGUUCUUGCCGAAGUCCGAAACCCAUAUCUCUAUUCAAAGAGCAGAAAAUGGUUCAUCACGUUCGUGGUGGCUUUUGCUGCGGCUGCCACCUCGCUUGGGAGCGCCAUCAUUUAUCCUGCCCUGGCAGAGACAGCUCGGGACCUCCAUGCCAGUCCCACGGUGACCAACCUCUCCGUCGCUCUGUACAUGCUCAGCAUUUCGUUUUGCCCACUCUGGUGGUCGACCUUGAGCGAAACAGCCGGACGCCGGACAACCUAUCUGGUUUCAUUGUUCUUUUUUGUCCUCUUCGCCAUACUUUCGGCCACAGCCAAGUCGAUUGGCGUAUUUGUUGCGAUGCGUAUGCUCUCUGGUGGUGCUGGUGCAUCGGUUCAGGCAGUCGGGGCUGGUACCUUGGCCGACAUCUGGGAACCUUUCGAAAGAGGCAAGGCCAUGGGUCGUUUCUAUCUAGGGCCCCUAUGUGGCCCGCUCCUGGCUCCUAUAAUUGGAGGGCUCCUGGCUGCGCGUUGGGGCUGGAGGAGCACGCAGUGGUUCCUCGUCAUCUAUGGUGGAAUUAGUCUCGUGUUCCUUACCUUUGCACUGCCCGAAACAGUCAAGAUGCACGACGAUCCUCAAGCUGAGGUUGCUUCGGAGCGAGACACGAUACCAAUCGUCUCACGAACCCGCUUCCGAACGAAACGAUUCCUUCGCCUGUCUCGCCAGGUACUGUUCGACCCACUGAAGAUGGUCAUGCUGCUUCGCCACCUUCCAAUCCUCUUUACCGCCUACUGGGCUUCCCUCGCAUUCGGCACGUUGUACAUUGUCAAUAUUUCUAUGCAAGAAGCCUUUGCCAAGUCUCCUUACAAUUUCUCGGUGUCCCAGGUUGGUCUGACAUAUAUCCCAGCUGGCGUUGGGUUUAUGGUAUCGGCCCUGUUUGCUGGAAGAUGGGCCGAUUAUGUUAUGGCGAGACAAGCAAAGAGAAAGAAGAGGUAUGACGAAAGCGGCAAGUUGGUCUUGCGACCUGAAGAUCGUAUGAUGGAGAAUGCUUGGAUAGCUGCCAUUGCCUUUCCUGUAGCAUUGCUUUGGUAUGGCUGGAGCGUCGACCAGGGGGUUUUCUGGGUAGUACCGUUACUGGCAUCUUUGAUCUUUGGCCUUUCUGCAAUGCUCAUCUUCGGCCUGGCUGUUACGAUGCUGACCGAGUUCAUCCCUCGCAAGCCUAGUAAUGGCGUCGCAGUGGCCAACUUCCUCCGCAAUAUCUUCUCGUGCAUUGGCACUAUUCUGGGGGAUCCGUUGAUCCACGCCGAAGGGACAGGAUGGAUGUUCACAGGGUUGGCAAUCCUUGUUAGCACGGGGACUUUGGUCAUUUGGUGGAUGAGGGCGAAAGGUGCCCAGUGGCGCAAGGAGAAUGAAGGGAAAGUUGGAUAAUCAAUGCGACAGGAUGAAACUUAUAUCCCGCUCCUCAUUGCUUUAGGUUCCAGGACGUCUUGCACCAACUAGUACAUGCCAACAACUGCAUUGACCUGAUAUGAAGUGAUGCGGGUUUGGCAUGUCUGAAAAGAUGCUGGCAUUUGGGAGCUAGAUUGACUGGCUACUUGAG